UCUCUUUUGCCUUUUAUUUUCAUAAAAAAAAAUCUUCCUCUUUGUUAAUUUUUCAUCUUCUCUUCUUCAGUCUUUUCUCUGUGUUCAACAAGUUUGGUUCGUUCUCUGUCACUUGAAACCGUAUUUCACAAAAAUAAAUAAUAUGUUUACUGUCGAACGUUUAUGUUGUUUGCGAUUGAACACGGCCGGUGUUGUCGUCGGCUGGGUCUGUGGUAUUUUGUCCUUGUUCUAUAUCGUCCUCUACGCAUUGCUUAUAUCCAAUUUAGAUGAAAUUAUUAAAUAUAUAGUCGAACAGGGUGGUUCGCCUGCCGAAAAACUUGACCCCAGCACCGUUAGAAGUGUUGUAAUUGCAAUUGUUGCAAUUGCUUUGACUAUUUGUGUGGUGAACCUAAUAUCAUCGGUUCUCUUGGUAGCCGGUACCAUCCAGGAACGUCAUAUGAUGCUCGUUCCAUGGCUGAUUAAUAAUGGAUUUGCUCUCUCUUUGAGUGUUCUGAACUUGAUCUAUUUUAUUGUAAGCUGCAUCCAUGUGGGAAAGAGUUUCGGAAUGAUCUUUGGAAUGACAUUGGGUCUAUUGAUUCCUAUUGCUAUACAAUAUUACAUUUGGACCGCAAUUUAUUCACUAUUCCGAGUUAUUCGCUCAUCCAGGGAGCGACAACAAUUGAUUCCACCAACAACUGGAGCAGCUGGAACAGCUUAUCCAUCCUACACAAGGAUCUAAAGGACUAAAUUUCUUUGUUUUUUUUUUUCUGUUUGACUAAUAAAUAGCAUUUUGCUCCUCUCUCCCCUCUUAUAUAAAUAUAAUAUCUAGCUUAGUUGUAUAGUAUAACCCUUAUAAAUACAUACGUUGUACUUAUCAUUGUACAAAUAAAAAAAAUUUCUUUUCGAUAA